UAAUUGUGGAUUGAAAUCUUUAGCCAAGUUCCAAGGGGACUCAAUUAUUGGGAAUAGAUUUGGGGUGUAUCAGAAAUCUAGUCACAUGUAGCCCAGUAGUCCAGAAAUUGGACCGGCUUAGGCCCAGCCCACUAUCACAUGACCGAAACACACUCUAGGGUUUGAUGGCAGGCAGCAGAAGGAGCUCCAAUCUGAGUGUGCUCGAAAGCGAUCAUUCCUCUCCAAACUCUGCUUUUCGGCCGAUCUUUGGGUUCAAACCUUCAAGGCCUCUUCCUUCCAACUGUUGUGAGACCUAUAUUGGAUUCCUUUUAAGCAUCCAAGCAAGUUCAUCAACCUGCCCUAGGUGAUCAUUUUAAGCCAUGGUGGGCUGGCAGAGACAUUUACGGAAUGUAUUUACUCAAAUUGGGAAAAGAGUGGAACAUAAUUACAAUGUAUCUGCUAACUUUUCUUGUUCCCGGUUGGAGUCAUCACCGCUAGUAGGUGAGUUGCCUUAUUUGCAAAGGCUGUGGAAAUUACCUUCUGCUACCAUCCCAAGGCCUUAUUACUAUUAUUUCCAACAGUUGGGAAUUUCUAGUUCAAGGCAGCUACUUGCAGAUUCUGAUGUAACACCUGUUGCUUCUCCAUUGACACCUGCUUUGGCAUUAAAUGGUGGAAAAACUGAAGACCAGAAAGUUGUUUCCAAGCCUUCAAAAGUUCAAGCAGUUCUAAAGGGCAUAAAGCAGAGUCCAAAGAAGGUCAAUUUAGUUGCUGAAUUAGUUCGUGGCAUGCGUGUUGAAGAUGCAUUAUUGCAGUUACAAUUGACAGUUAAGCGAGCCUCAAAAACUGUCUAUCAGGUUAUACACUCAGCACGGGCAAAUGCAACCCAUAAUCAUGGCUUAGAUCCAGAUCGACUCCUAGUUGCGGAGGCAUUUGUAGGGAAGGGGUUUUUUAAAAAGAGAGUGUCAUACCAUGCUAAAGGGAAAUGUGGGAUAAAAGUGAGACCAGAAUGUAGAUUGACAGUGGUAGUAAGAGAGAUGACUCCUGAAGAGGAGGCUAAGUUAGCCAAGCUGAGAGUCAGCAAUUUCCGUAAACUAAGUAAGCGGGAAAAGCGGCUUGUACCACAUCAACUUAUUGAGACAACUUCAAUUUGGAACCGCAAAGCAAAUGGUGGCGUGGCAAGUGAUAUGGCUUCAUGAGCCUGUUUUCAUAUUUUUUGUAGUAGCUGUCAAAGACUGCCUCAAAUAAUGGAUUUACAAGCUCCGUUGUAUCCCUCUUAAUUUAUUCUACGUAGAACAACCAAAAUCUGGCUCAUGGAGGCUUCUCGUUAAGUUUGGUAUUGGGUGGAACUCUCCUUCUGUAUAGAUUACUUAUCUUCGUGACGCAUUUUCCUUGUGGGGGAGAAGAGCAAAAAGUACUCCUACCUGGUGUAUACUCUUCUCUUUCUCAUUUUUUAAGACCUUAAAAUUUAUCUUAAUUUUAUUUUUAUAUUAAUUCCAUCAAUAAAUUUCAAACCUCAAUUAAUAUGA